AUGUCUUUGAAUGAAUCAACUCCAUUGAAAACUUUUAUUGAAAAAACACUGCCAGAUGUGGAUAAUAAUUCUGUUGUGCAAAAAUUAGAACAACUUGGUGUUGAAACUAUUGAGGACCUAAAGUUCCUUCAGGAGUCAGAUUUAAGUGGUGUUUUAAAACCAGUACAAACAAGGAAAUUUCUGUACAAUGUUCAUCUUGAAGACUCAAAACCAAGUACUUCAGUCAGCUCUGUAACAGAGUGCCCUGUACCACAGUCUCCUAUAUCACAGUCUCAUGUACCACAGUCUCCUGUACCACAGUCUCCUAUAUCACAGUCUCAUGUAGCACAGUCUCCUGUACCACAGUCUCCUAUAUCACAGUCUCAUGUACCACAGUCUCCUGUACCACAGUCUCCUAUAUCACAGUCUCAUGUAGCACAGUCUCCUGUACCACAGUUUCAAAGCCAUUCCAGAUUGUUCUGUCUAGAAGAUGUGUUGAAAAAAAUGCCAGAGCUGCAAGAUAGUCUUCAAAACAAUAACAGAUUACAGGCAGACAAUAGAAGACAGUUUGUAAGAGAGGUCGUCGACCACAUUAGGAAGAUCUCUUUUAAUUGUACAAAAAAGCAGUUCGAGGAAAUUGCAAAAAACAUUGUUUUUACUUAUCCCAAUACAUUUGAAGAUCGCAUUGAUAAAAUAAGAAUUGGAACUGGGUAUGAUUCUCUUUUGAAACAAUUUAUUUCAAGAAAUGAAAACUUAAAUCGUGGUAAAAGUCCUCACAGUAAUUUUGUCAGAGGUAGUGAAACUGGCCAGCAAAAGACUGAACCAAAAAAGAGGAAAGUAGUACAUGAUAGCUAUGGUUGCAUCAGUUGGGCUCCAUCAAUGUCUAGUGAUGAAGAGAGUGAACAAGAAAAGAUAAGAGAAGAGCUCAAAGAACACUAUGGAUCAGAACCUGACUGGAAUCUUGUAUAUAAAGGAAUGGAAGCAACAUAUGCUUUGCAGAGAAGGCAUAUUAACAGUGGAGAAUCCGUCAAGCAUCUUCGUGAAGAAUGGCCUUUCCUUGUUGACCAACAUGUAUUAUUCACUCAUUGUAAGGAACUUACAGGAAUAGAUUUACUACAGGCUGUGAAAAACUCAUUUGAAAAAAAAGCUUCUAGGAUGCUGAGGUUCUUUAGGAGCAGAACACCUUUUGUAGAACCAUACCUAACUGCAGCUGAGAAGGAAAAAGAAGAUAAUAAUUUAACUGCCAUUUUGCCCCUGGUCAUCUUGUGUCUUCAAAGUAGCCUUGGCGAGAAAGAUGAUAGUCUGUUUGUUGUUGUAGAUGAGAUGUCAUCAAAUGAAGAAGUAGAAAAUGCUUGUAGUGGAAAAUCUUGGCCAAGAUUAGCUAUGCUGGGAGCAAGCAUUUUAGCAGCCAAGGAGUACAUAUUAGUUGUUGAUGGAGAGGCCAUAGGGCGCUAUAACAGUUUCUUGUGUGCACUUUCUCUUCUAUUUGGUAGUUUCUACGUUUUCAACAUCCAGUACCCUAAUGAAGCAGUGGCCACAUUAGAAUUCAUUCAAAG